UGCACUGCUUCAUCAUUUCAAACCCUAACACAAAACCGCUGCUCUCUAACCAUUCCAAAAUCUUCCAGUGGUUCAUUUGUUUCCAUCCAUCGAACUCGAAGCGCAGCCCUCCCUCGCCGAGCCCUCAUCUCUCAUCUGACUCUCUCUGUCGAAUUCCGGCCAGCCACCGGCCUACCACCACACCAUACUGUCGUCUCUGACUCUCCAGCCUUCCUUCACCACACAACCACCGCUAUCUCUAACGAUCUCUCUCUCGGGCGAUUUUCUCUCACGGACAGAACAGAACCCGCGAUCUCUCUCACCACCACACUGAGUCCGAGUCUCACUCUCACCCCAAAUUAGUUCUAACAGAUGGAGUACGUGAGCCCAGAAGGUCUUCGCUUAGAUGGUCGGCGGCCCAUGGAAAUGAGACAAAUUCGAGGAGAGAUUGGUGUUGUGGACAAAGCUGACGGUUCUGCUGUGUUUGAGAUGGGGAACACCAAAGUCAUUGCUGCAGUGUAUGGCCCUCGAGAGGUCCCAAAUAGGAGCCAACAGAUGAAUGACAGGGCACUGGUGCGAUGUGAGUACACCAUGGCAAAUUUUAGUACUGGAGAUCGCAUGAGGAAACCAAAGGGUGAUAGACGAUCCACAGAGAUUUCUCUUGUUAUUCGGCAAACCAUGGAAGCAUGCAUUAUGACUCAUUUAAUGCCUCGGACUCAGAUUGAUAUUUUUGUGCAAGUUCUCCAAGCAGAUGGAGGUACUAGAUCUGCAUGUAUCAAUGCUGCAACCCUGGCCCUUUCAGAUGCUGGAAUUCCAAUGCGUGACCUUGUUACUUCCUGUAGUGCGGGCUACCUUAAUAGCACACCUCUACUUGAUUUAAACUAUGUAGAAGAUAGUGCUGGAGGCGCUGAUGUCACUUUAGGCAUUAUGCCAAAGUUGGACAAAGUGACUCUUCUUCAGAUGGAUGCUAAAUUACCGUUGGACAUUUUUGAAAACGUAAUGCAACUUGCAAUCGAGGGCUGCAAGGCAGUUGCAACAUAUAUUCGACAAGUAUUACUAGAGAAUACAAAGCAAUUGGAGUAUCGCCGAGGCACGUAGUUUCAAAUCAUGGUUUAUAGCUGUUCUUAUGAAGUUUGACGGCGGUUAUAUCAUGGAGACGGUGUUUGAUGAAGGAAGUAGGCUUAAAAUUAAACACAUUCAGUCGAGUAUCCCCAACCAGAGAGCUGUUUUUAGAUUCUGAAAAUUGUAUCUGUAACAUCUACGACAUGGCUCUUCUUGUAAAUGAAUAUUCUGAGUAACAGAUUUUUGAAACGAUAGAUUUUGUUAGAAUAAAUAUUAAAUUAGCAACCGAUGAGGUUUGAAUCCACGUCAUCAUGCAAGAGCACAAUACUUUUCUACUACUGUGAUAAAA